AUGGAAGUGAACGAGGCCGACAACAACGGGGACACGCCACUGAUUCACUCCCUGUUGUCUCCGUCGCCAGAAACGGUCAUAGAUCAGCUGGCGCAGUUCGGCGUGGACGUGGACCAGCCCACGACGAUCGACACAUGGCGUAUGACGGCCCUUAGCAUGGCGUGCGAGGACGGCAUGUUCUCCGCCGCCCUGGCACUGUUGAAGGCUGGAGCGGACGCCACGGGCGAGCUGGACGGAUUGGUCGAGGGGGCCGACCCAGCACUCCGUAUAUUCGAUCAAAAGCCGCUCGAGCUCGCGCUCCUGGCCCGGGUGAAAGAAACGAAUGGCAGGACGGCAUCGGCGAAGCAACGGCUCAUCGAACUCCUCCUCAAAUCGGGCGCUGACCCAAACGAGGGGGUUUGCAUAUCGGCACGCUGCAACUGGACAGGACCUCUGUUGCUGAAGCUGUCUCGAGAGCGGCGCCGUUGGGAAGCCGAGAUGCUGCUUUCUUCGGGCUUCGUAGACAUCGACAGGCGCGACUCGCAUGGCGCGACGAGUCUCGAUUGGGCACUUUCGACAUGUCACGGCAGCCCCGUAAUGGCGUCGAUCUUGCUGCGGCGCGGUGCCAAGAUGGACGAUGCCGUGUUGUGCGACAUUAUCGGCAAGCUGGCGCGUCUUGCGGACGCACAAGACCACUGGAGUGUGAUCAGCCUAUUGGCGCGAGAGCCUAAGCUGUUGAAGAUAUUCCACGUGUUGUAUUCGCACUGUUUCUGGGUAGCAUCUCGGAGUGGUGACGCUGCCGCAUCACGGUUCUUGCAAGAGUCGCCGGGCGUGAUUGUGCGCCUCGUCACGGAGAUGCUGAAGGAUGGUGUGAGUCUGACGAAGACGGGCGUCUUGAACAUGCUGCGGAAUGCGAAGGAAAGUAGGCCAGGGCCGGUCAUCGCAGGGGUUUUCCGAUCAGAAAGAAAGAGCGUCAUGCGAAGGUGGUGUUAG